AUGGCACCUAGACUCCCUCCUCCCCCGCAGCCUAACGAACCUGAUACGUCCAACAACGCUAGGUUGAUGGAGACGGUGAUAGACCGCUUACAGCAACAAAAUACAACCCUCAUGGAGCAGAACGCCACUCUGAUGCAGCAAAACCAAGCUGCUAUGCAGAGUCUGGAGGCCUCUCGUGCGAAUUCUGAGACCACGCAGAGGCAGUUGAUGGAGAUACUUGCAGCCACUAGAGGUGCGUCUGGAGCAUCCUCUUCAAACGCUGCGCAACCGAAUGCUGAAUGGAGUUUGGAGAGUUUUCUCCAGCAUCACCCGGCUAAAUUCAAUGGUAAGGGCCUUCCUGAUGAGGCGGACCAGUGGCUAAGGGACGUGGAGAAGAUCUUCAAUGCCAAGAGAUGUCCGGACGAGAAUCGCUUGGCGUACACUGAAUACUUACUUACGGGAGAAGCGAGCCACUGGUGGGCGAGCGCAAGGGCUAUUCUGGCCGACGCUCGACAACAGGUCACUUGGGAAGUGUUCAGGAACAAGUUUUAUGAAGAAUACUUCCCUGACAGCGUCCGUUUUGCAAAAGAAGUGGAAUUUUUACAGCUCGUCCAAGGCAGUAUGACAGUUUCAGAGUAUACCAACAAAUUCAAACAUCUUGUGAGAUUCUAUACGAUGACCACCAGUGAAGAGUGGCAAUGUAGGAAGUUUGAGAACGGCUUGAGGAGCGACUUGAAAGUUAUGAUUUCAAGCUUGUGCAUAAGGACGUUUCCUGCCAUGGUUGAGAGGGCCAAGGUGUUGGAAAAGAACAUGGCGGAAGCUGAACGACACAAGAGACAACAACAAGUGAGUAGGGGACCGAUAGCGUCUAGAGGAGGUAUGGUUCAGAGGCGGACUCCUUACACUCGUCCUGGUCAAUCAUCUCAUGUAAGCGGAUCUCAAGCAGUAAUUCCUGUCGGACAGUCUGGACAGGGAGGUGUAGUUUGUUUCCGUUGUGGAGGGCCUCAUUAUAGGUCUUCCUGCCCUCAAUUGGUGGGAGUAAAGCAAUGUAAUCGUUGCGGAAGAAACGGGCACUCGGAUCAUGAGUGCAAUAUGAGUGGGCGUGCGGUGAUGAGGCCACCCAAUGCUGGAAGGAAUCAGAUCAUGCUGUGCUUUGUUUGA